AUGUCGGAGGGGAAUAAGUCGAGGACGGUGGCGGCCACCAAUAUGAAUGAGGAGAGCAGUCGUUCCCACGCCGUUUUCAGCAUCAUCGUCACACAGACACUCUACGACCUGAAGUCUGGGGACAACCUGGGUGGCAACAGUAAGACGUGUAUGAUCGCCACGGUGAGCCCAGCAGCUGAUAACUACGAGGAGACGUUGUCCACGCUGCGUUACGCAGACCGCGCCAAGAGGAUCGUCAACCACGCCGUCGUCAAUGAAGACCCCAACGCACGGAUCAUCAGAGAGCUCCGGGAGGAAGUGGAGAAACUCAGAUCUCUAAAGGCUCCAGAGCUGAAGGAGAGGCUUCAGGAGUCAGAGAAGCUGAUCCAGGAGAUGACCGUUACCUGGGAGCAGAAACUACGCAACACAGAGGAGAUUGCUACGGAGCGUCAGCAGCAGUUAGAGAGUAUGGGGAUCUCCCUGGAGACGUCUGGGAUCAAAGUUGGAGAUGACAAGUGCUUCCUGGUCAACCUGAACGCAGACCCCGCCCUCAAUGAGCUGCUGGUCUACUACCUAAAGGUACACAACACCAACCGCAACACCAACCGCAACACCAACCGCAACACCAACCGCAACACCAACCGCAACACCAACCGCAACACCAACCGCAACACCAACCACAACACCAACCACAACACCAACCACAACACCAACCACAACACCAAUCACAACACCAACCACAAUCACAACACCAACCACAAUCACAACACCAACCACAAUCACUACACCAACCACAAUCACUACACCAACCACAAUCACUACACCAACCACAAUCACAACCACAACACCAACCACAACACCAACCACAACACCAACCACAACACCAACCACAAUCACAACCACAACACCAACCACAACACCAACCACAACACCAACCACAACACCAACCACAACACCAACCACAACACCAACACCAACCACAACACCAACCACAAUCACAACACCAACCACAAUCACAACACCAACCACAAUCACAACACCAACCACAACCACAACACCAACCACAAUCACAACACCAACCACAAUCACAACACCAACCACAAUCACAACACCAACCACAAUCACAACACCAACCACAAUCACAACCACAAUCACAACCACAACACCAACCACAAUCACUACAACCACAAUCACUACAAACCACAAUCACUACACCAACCACAAUCACAACCACAACACCAACCACAACACCAACCACAACACCAACCACAACACCAACCACAACACUAA